GACGAUUCAGCAAUCGCGGCAGGCGUUGCCACAAGGAAAGAUGAGGAGAAAAUGAAGCAAACCAACAACAUGAUGACAGCAACAAAUCUAGUGCUUGGCAUGGGACCAAAUAAGACCAUAUAGAGAUAUAGAUCAGGAGGAAGGAAAAAGGGAGAGCGAUGAGGAGCCCCUCGCAGUCAUCGGAUGCCAUGGAGGUGGAGCGGCGGCGGGGAGGGCCGACGAGGACGGCGACGCCGUGCUGCAGCAAGGUGGGGAUGAAGCGAGGCCCGUGGACGGCGGAGGAGGACGAGGUGCUGGCGAGGUUCGUGCGGAGGGAGGGGGAGGGUCGGUGGCGGACGCUGCCGAAGCGCGCCGGGCUGCUCCGCUGCGGCAAGAGCUGCCGCCUCCGCUGGAUGAACUACCUCCGCCCCUCCGUCAAGCGCGGCCCCAUCACCCCCGACGAGGAGGAUCUCAUCCUCCGUCUCCACCGCCUCCUCGGCAACAGGUGGUCGCUGAUAGCUGGGAGGAUACCGGGCCGCACAGACAACGAGAUCAAGAACUACUGGAACACCCACCUCAGCAGAAAGCUCAUCAAGCAAGGAAUAGAUCCACGCACCCACAAGCCCUUCGCCUUCCCCACCGAUCCAGCUCCUGCUGCGCCAUCAGCACCACACCAUCCUACCGAAAACCCUAAUACCAUACCUUCUGUUCCUCAAGAACCGGGUAACGGCGUUCUUGAUGGGUUCAAUCUGCACUACAACGACAGUGUCGGAUGGCAGGCCAGCGAGGCCUUCGCGUCGGAAGGAAACCGAGCACUUCACGGCAGCAGGGAGGAGAGGAGAAGAGGAGCGGAUGACGUCCUCUCGGACCUCUUAGAUUCUUUCGUCAACGACGACAUCUUCAUGCAGCAACAGCAUAUCAAUAACAACUAUGGCAGCAACAUUGCUGAUAACACUACCAUCACCACCACCGACAACAAAAAGAACAGUGAGAUGAUAGAUCCUGCAGGUACAUCGUCGGUUCCAUAUUUUGCGCUUGAAGGUCUGUGGGAAGAUGCCUUCACUUACUUUGGCUGAUCUGAAUCACGGCUUUCCUGGCAGUACGUAGAUCAUUCAGGCAAAUGGAUCUAAUUAUUUGUUCUGGAUCUAGAAACUAUUUAAGUGUUCUAUUGCAAAUAAAUUUAGCACUAAUAUAAGGUGUGCAACUGAUUGUAUUCGAGUUCCAAAUAUUGUCUUUUUAUCUGUCACUUGGAAACAAGUUGAGUU